AUGACGACGGCAAAUACCCAAGGAUACUAUCCAACAAUGCAAAAUCAAGAUGAUAGUCUUUUCUAUGACGACCAAAUCCAACGUUUUGAUGCAGAUACUAUUAAAAAUCGUUAUGGUAGCAAUUGGAAAAAUUUUGCAACAAAUGUACGUGAAAUAACUCAACCAGAUGGAUCAAUUGUUAAAGAAUAUAUUAUUGAUGAUCCAAGUUUACUUGAAGAAAUCAACACAUCAUCACAUCAUAUUGAUUCAAUAUCAUCACCAACUGCUUCUGACGAUGAUCAACAAUCCAUAAAAAAUAGAUUUGCACAGAUUAAAGCAAAAUUUGAACAAAAAAAUACAUCGAAUGUUAUGGCAUCACCAUCAACAUCAUCCGCAAAUAGUAGUAGUACAACAUCACGUCAUUCUAGAAAACAAAUUGAUGAUUUAUAUGCAAGGCAUAGACAAACAUCGAAUGAGUCAAUGUCGAAUAAUGAUACAAAUAGAAAUUCGGCCAAUACUUUGAAUCAAUCGUUGGAAUCUCAAAAUACUUAUCGUCGAUCACAAUCAAUAGGUAGUGAACAAUCUACUGGAACUUCUUAUAGACGUUUUGAUUCUGUUGAUGAAGCUGAUGAAGAAGUUAGACGUAUUCAUCGACAAGGUGAAGAAUUACGUCGUCAUCAACAACAAGAUUUAACAUCUGUAUCAUCAAUAAAAGAAGGAUCACAACCAAAAAAUCGUAUACAAUAUGAAAUAGUCGAUGAAAAUGGAAAUCCUAUGGCUGUUGAUGGUGUUCAAGAUUUAAUUAAAAUGUCAGGUGCACGCGCACGAGAAGUUCCUCAACCAGAUGGAUCAAUUAUAAAAGAAUAUGUAAUUGAUGAUCCUCAAUUAUUAUCUCGAUUUCGUUCAGAAAAUCAUCAACAACAACAACAACAUCAUCAACAACUACAACAGCAACAACAACAACAGCAACAAUAUCAUUCACCAAUAACAGCAUUUAAUCAACAACGAAGUAGUAAUGAAAAUGUUCCACCACCACCUCCACGUGUCCCAUUACGACCAUCCGUAUUGUUACGUCAAGGAAAUUCAUCAGUCAAUGAAAAUGCUCCAUCUAAUAUUCAACAAAUUCGUGUUCUUGAAUCACAACGACGGUAUGAAUAUAGAACAACAACUGGUCGACGUGUUCAAUUUUUUAUAACAAAUUUUGAUACUACUAAUGGACAAUCAAUAACUGAUUCAGAAGUUCGUGAAUUAGCAAAUGCUAUUAAUAAUCGUCUUAUACCAACUACAACACCACCAGCAUCAUCAUCAUCUAAUACUAUUCCACAACAAACACAAUAUAAUUUACCUAAACAAUGGUAUCCAUCGAUUGAUGUAACACAACGACAACGUCUUGGUUCUGAUACUCAAACAUAUCCUAAUAAUAUGAAUUUGGGUUUUCCUCAAACACAAUCAAAUUUAGCACGUUCAGCAUCCUAUGGUGCACUCAAUCAAACUUCUUAUCCAACACAAAAUCAUCAACAACAAAUAUAUCGUGAACCAACGAAUAAUUGGAAUACAAAUCGAUAUCAACAAAAUUUGAAUCCAAGAAUAAAUCAACAAAAUCAAGAUAAUGAAGCAUUUCAAACAUCUGCACAAUUUUUACCUAAACAACAAACAAAUAGUUCAUCACCAAUAAAUCCUAAUCAUCCACCGGUUUAUUAUCAACAAUCAACAGCCUAUCCAUAUCAAGGACAACAACAACAUGGUGUUCGUAUUCUUAAUGAUUUUAAUCAGCAACGAACAACUUCUAUAGCUGAUGGUCAUACUAGAAUAUAA